UUGUGCUUCUUCCUAAAGGCAAGUUUUCAUUUUGUUCUCUUGUUCAUCUUUAUGUCAUUUUGAAAUGCCAAAUUUGCCUGUACAAAUGUGUCAAAAAUAGCAGUGUCCAAACCUGAUAUGUUAUUUUGCCAUUGGUCACUGCUAUUCCUCUCAGUUCCAUCUCACCUACAGCUUGUGCUAAGAUGUUUCGGCCCCUUUUCAAUUGUGCUGCCAGUGUAACUUCAGAGUUAAUGCAUUGAAAUUAUUUUGUCUACCCUUUGUGGAUGAGAAAAACUGUUUGAAGUUUUUUUUUUCUUUUUUUAAACUCAUCUGAGUUUGUAUUUUAGCAGCCUACACCCUGAUGUGCUAUGACUGUGAAAAGACAAUGUCAGGAAGCUGCACAGAGACAAAAGAAUGCCCCUUGCAGUGUGGUGCAAUGAGAAUGCUUGCAUAUGCAGGUGGUAAAAAAGUGUCAGAUGUCUCAAUGAAAAGUUGUGUCACCGCUGAUCAGUGUGGUGAGAUGUCAGUCAACUUCGGAGUGGCCAAAACUGUAAUUGCCAGCAAGUGUUGCACCACUGACCUCUGCAACAAGGAACCUGUCCCUGAGCCCAGUAAAUCCAAUCCCAAUGGUAAAAAGUGCUAUCAUUGCAAUGGACAAACGUGCACUGCAACUCUAAACUGUGAGGGGAAUGAGGACUACUGCAUCUCAACAUCAGUGAAUGCAGGAGGCCAAAAGACAACCGUGAAGGGCUGUGCAUCCAAGCUCAUAUGCUCUGAUGCAUUAGCUGCACAAAUGACAGGGACCGUUGGAGCAGAAGUUAGCUGCUGUCUGGGCGAUUACUGCAACAGUGCCAGCAGCACAAGCGCUGGCCUUCUGCUCCUGGUGGCCCCGCUGGUCUCUUUGGUUCUGUUCUCUUAACUGAUUCGCUCUUCAGUUUUCCUCUUCAUCUUCACAUAGCCUCUUGUCGCUCACACCCCUUUGUUUAUCUUUUCAACCGAUGAGUGAGAAAGUAGAAAGUAUAGCAAGCGAAAUAUGACAAUACUAGUUAGUAAAGUUAUGUUUUUCCUCUGUUUCCUGCUUCAUACAGUUUCCAACUGGUUGAUUCCUUUUUUGCAUGAUGCCCAUAAAGAUAUUAGUAACUGUCUUACAUAGAGUAAUUGUCAGCAACAGCCCUCUCUGUUUUUUUUUUAAGUAAAACAAGGAGAAAGUGUGUUAAUGUAUAAUUUUGGUGUU